GGUCACCAGCGGCAGGACCCCCGCGAUCUGGCAUCUUAUCCAGACAAGAUGUCUAGGGGCGGAGUACCCCUUUAAGUAUAAGAAGUUGUUUUCACAAAAGUGGUAGCUUCAAAGCCAGGUGGAGCUGAUGAGCAUGCACCCCAGGUAAUGGGUGCCAUGAAGGUGGGCACCAACAAGCCACUAUUCCUUAGCUAAGGUAUUCUGACAAGUCAGUGAACUGAAUUAUUGCCCUGGGUAGGGGAAAGCCUAGGUUUUUCUGUGAACAUUGCUCAAAGUAUCAAAAUCUGCUGUGGCCAACAGGCAAAAAUGACCGAGCAGUGUUGCUGGAAAUGAUUCAUUCGACUACCAAUACAUCAGCUGAAGACUUGCUAUUUUCUUAUAAGGGUAUGCUAUAUCCAAGCAUUCUUUGCAGCUUGGAGACAUUUCAAGCAUUGGAAACUUUUGAAGCCAGAGAAGAUGAUUUAUUGGUUGCAACAUAUCCUAAAAACGGAACAAAUUGGUUGAUUCAGAUACUGUGUGAAAUAGUGUCCUUAGUACACCAUAGAGAACCUUUGCCAGAUGCAACAAUGAUUGAAUUUGGAAGUCCAGAAAUACUUGCGAGAUUUAAAGACAGACCUUCACCAAGGAUACUUUCAACCCAUUUGGAUUUCAAGAAUAUUCCGAAGUCUUUUUUUGAAAAGAAAGUUAAGAUAUUGCUGGUUCUUCGCAACCCAAAAGACACAGCUGUCUCCUUUUAUCAGUUUCAUAAUAGCCUGCCUGCUCUUCCUUCAUAUAAUUCCUGGGCCACGUUUUUUAAGGACUUUACAAAUGGAACAGUGGUUUAUGGGCAGUAUUUUGAUUUUGUUGCCACCUGGGAGAAACACUUUGAUGAAAAGACUAUGAUGGCAAUUACAUUUGAAGAAAUGAAACUGGAUUUUCCAAGCGCAGUGAAAAAAAUAUCUGAAUUCUUUCAAUUUUCAUUAACUGAGGAACAAAUUCAUUUGGUCGCGAACCGUACUACUUUUAACUCUAUGAAAGAAAAAUCUGAAAACACCCAUGGGAAACUGGGUGACUCCUUCUUUAGAAAAGGUGAAAUUGGAGAUUGGAAGAAUUAUUUUACUGAGGAUCAAAGCAAAGUAGUGGAUACAAUGUUUGAAAAAUAUCUUGCUGGAACUAAGCUGGGAAAGAUGCUGAACUAUGACAAGUACUGCAAGUUCUAGACACUUACAGAAGAGAGAAUAAAGGAGCCCUUGGCUGAAGUCAUGUUUGAUGGUUACUGAUAUUAAAAGCUCAUAUAGUAUAUAACUAAACUAUCUUAUUGGCUUAUAGAAGAAUCGAGAAAUAUUAUAAAAGUGUGUAUUGUAAAAUUGUCAACACUAUAAUAAAAAAUGCCACAAAAGGCUUCUGAUCAUUGUACAUGAUUGUGAUUUGAUUCAAUUAAUAGGAUGCUCUGUUGAAAAGUGAACAAUGUUUUUGGGUGAUAGACAUAAAACGCCAAGUUCAGAAACUCUAGACAGAAAGAAGAAACUACAGAGAAAAGGACCAUACAGGGUAUACUGUGUCCAAUAACUCAUUACUAAGCAUAUUACUAAAUAAACACAUGAUAGCUGAUUCUAAAUAUUCAAUUAAAAUGAUACUUUAGGUAAGCUUUAUGUUCCAUUGCAUGAUCAUACAAGAAAGGUUGUCAAAAACUGAAUGGGCCUGUGUCCAAACUCAUAAGCCCAACAUGAGCAGUGAUGUAAACCUAUAAGUCUACA